AUGAAUAAUGAGGAUCAAGGACCAAGUGAAACUGCAAAGACAUCAGAGAAAAACACUAAAGAGCCAAAAGAGGAUAAUCUGAAACACUUACACAAGAAUGGUCGCCACUAUGUGCGUUGUGAGACAUGCUUUUCGAACCCCAAUGUCGUCAAGAUUUUCAGCAGGAAAGCUAAACUUCCAGCGAUUGCUCAAGAACCGGGGACUAUAUACCGUAAAAGCGUCGUUUCCGACCAUCUGAACAGCGAAAUUCAUCGCGAAGCAAAAAAGACAAAGAAAUUGUUGUCUUUGAAAGGACCGGAAAAGCUUCAUAUGACGUCAUUGACACCAAUUGGAAGGGCAUUAUCGAUCGCAGAUGCACAAUUGGCUGCGAAAGUUGCUAGCUUAUUUUUUCACGUUUACCAUGGUGCUAAGAGACUUACUUUGUCUGCCAAUUCUUUCCCUUCACGUGUGGUUGUAAGCCGAAUAGCAAAUGCGUUUUCUUUUGAUGAUUGGAGUAUAAACGACAUGCCUAAUGAUCUCCAAUACCUUUCACCAAACGCACACAGCGAAUUCCUCAAAUGCAUUGUAAAGACAGAUAGAAAUUCACUUGUUUCAAAGAUGUCAAACUCGUUGGCCAUCUCCUUAAAAUGUGACGGAUCGGUUGAUAGAACGCAGAUAGAUAAGAUAUAUUUAAUGGCUAAGGCCAUAUCUAGAGACGGAAAAGAAAACAAUAUCUUUCUCGGCGCGAGAGAGCCAAAAGAAAGAGGAGCA